AUGGCAGUUUUGCCUCUCUUCUUCUUCUUCUUCUUCUUUGUGUUUGCAUCUGCAGGCUCUUCUUCUUCUUCUUCUUCCACUUCACAUGUUAAAGGAGUUGAGAUUACAGAGUUUGCUUCUCCUGACCAGAGAGUGAAUCUAUCAGUGUACUUUGAAAGCUUAAAUGAGCCUUGUGCAACUUUCAUAAUCAAGAACCUUGUGGAAAUCUUCAACAAAGAUCUCAUCAACAUUGUGAAUCUCCAACUUGUUCCUUGGGCCAAUGCUUCCAUCAGCAACACCAACAAUACCAUCUUAUGUCAGAAUGGACCAGAUGAAUGUCUCCUAAAUUCUCUGGAAGCCUGCGUCUUGAAUGUUUCGCAUGAUGUGAACAUACAGUAUGCAUUGAUAUUCUGCUUUGAGUUUUUGGCACUUGAAGGCAAGCACAAGAAGUGGCAGAGCUGUUUCAACCAGUUGGGUUUGCCUAAGCAGCCUUUUCUUCACUGCUUUAAUGCUGGCUACGGAACUCAGCUUGGAAGACUUUAUGUAAGUCAAGUUGCUAGGCUCUCUCCACGGUUUACAUUUCUACCAUGGGUGCUGGUCAACGAUAAACCUCUUGAAAAGGACUAUGAGAAUUUCGUGAGCUAUGUUUGCAAGGCUUAUAAAGGCCCUUUGGUACCUCCAGCCUGCCACCGUGUUUAG